CUUGUGCUUUUCCUUCCGUGGAAUAUAAAAUGCAAGCAGUUUAGACUAGACUAGUACUUCUGUACUUGUACUUUUCCUUCCCGCCAGCUCCUCCUAAGACCUUUGGAGUUUAAAUACUUGAAAAAUGUUUCACGAAACUGCUUUUCACUUGUCUUCCCUGCUGAGAAACUGCGCUCUACUCUCUGCAAUUUCUCAAACUAAGCAAACCCAUGCCCAAAUCCUCGUCCAUGGCUUCCUUUCCAACGUGACCCUUCAAACCGAUCUCUUACUGGCAUACUCUAAAUGCGGGUUUCUGCAAGAUGCUCGCCGGGUCUUCGACAAAAUGCCUGAAAGGAAUAUGCAUUCUUGGAACAUAUUGCUCGCUUCAUAUGCACAUAAUUUUCAUUAUUUAGAUGCUAUUAGUUUUUUCAAUGAGUUUCUGAAGAUGGGUCUUCAGCCUGAUCAUUAUACGUUGCCGCCAGUGUUUAAGGCAUGUGCUGGAAUAAGAGAUGCUUAUCUGGGUAAGAUGCUUCAUGGCAGGGUGGUUAGGCUUGGGUUUGAGGAAUAUGUUGUCGUGGGAAGUUUGGUUUUGGAUUUUUAUGUGAAAUGUGGGAAUUUAGUUGAUGCAAGGCGUGUAUUUUCAAAUCUGUCGUGUAGAGAUUCUGCUGUUUGGAAUUUGAUGAUUGCAGGGUUUGGGAGAGCUGGCUUUUAUUCGGAUGCUUUGAAUUGUUUCAGAAGCAUGCUUAAUGAAGGAGAGAAUAUGGAUUCUAUGACGAUUCCCAGCAUUUUGAAUGCUUGCGGAGGGGAAGGAGACUUGAUGAAAGGGAAGGAAAUUCAUGGGCAAGUAGUUAAGAGUUUCAUAUUUGAUGGAGAUGUUGCAAUUAGUAAUUCAUUGAUUGAUAUGUACGCAAAGUGUGGACGCUUGCAUGACUCAGAAAAGGUUUUCAGGAGCAUGCAUGAACUGAAUUUGAUAACCUGUACUACAAUGAUAUCUUGUUAUGGUGUUCAUGGGAAAGGAGAGGACUCUUUGGCUUUGUUUAAUAAAAUGAGAGAUUGUGGGUUUAAACCUAACAGUGUCACACUAACAGCAGUUUUGGCUAGCUGCAGCCACUCGGGUCUUAUUGAUCAAGGUCGGAGGAUUUUCAACUCCAUAAGUUUUGACUAUGAGUUAGAACCCAGUGUAGAGCACUAUGCCUGUAUGGUGGAUCUUUUGGGUCGUUUUGGGCAUCUAGAGGAAGCACUUGAAUUGGUACAAAACAUGAAGUUAGUGGUAACACCAAGUGUUUGGGGUGCUCUACUCUCUGGUUGUAUGAUGCACAACAAUGUUGAAAUUGGAGAAAUUGCUGCUCUUCAGCUCUUUGAGUUGGAACCUAGAAACUCUAGCAACUACAUAGCUUUGUGUAGUAUUUAUGAUUCUCUUAACAUUCGGGAUCGUGUUUCACUAAUCAGAGCAAAGAUGAGGAAUUUGAGUUUGGUUAAAACUCCUGGUUGUAGCUGGAUAACCAUUGCUGGAAAAACCCACGAGUUCUAUCAAGGGGACCAUUCUCAUCCUGAAACCCCAAUGGUAUAUGAAAUGCUAGGCAGAAUAAUGAAGGCAUCAGUAUUUCCUGGUGAUUGUGGACUGGGAGAAUCAUAGAUUGCUAUUUCAAUGUCCUUUACAACCUGAAUAUGGCCAUAUUCUUCAUGGCUCUACCUGUGAUAAGGAUUGGGUAUUCAAUGAUUUUUCUUUAGCAUGUAGUAAUUCACUGUUGGAGGAUUAAUUUUUCCUCAUUCAAACACGCCCGAUUGCGCAUCAGCAUGAUCCGUGAAUAUAUGUACCAACAUAUUGGACCACCUGUAAAAUGAAAUUGGAUGGAUCUUGAAUUUUCAGUCCACUUGUUUCAGGUACACUUUGGCUAACCUUCUUACAUUUUGGUAAGCGGCUUGUUUUACUUGUAGCUCCUGAAGGAAAAGGGGUUUUACUUCCCUUUCUUGAUCCAGAUAAAAGAGAGAAUGGAAAAUCCGUUGGGAAUACUUCCAAAAACGAGAUAGAAAGCGGCACAUUUAGCAAAAGCAUGUGCACGAAAAUUUGCACAACGAGACGCUAGGACACCAGUACUUAAAUUAUCAUUAGACUGAUACCCGACAUUCUGGUCCUGGUUGCAAAGGAGAAGGAGAAGACAAGGGAAUUAUGGAUGGCCCCAAGCUUGGACAUGAAGCUCUUGCUGUCGCAGUUGGCAUCGAAGCAAUUGAAGCUCAACCCCAUUCAUGAUCUGGAGGUAGACUGACGGCUUCUUUGGCCUGGGGUUGGUGUUCAACUAUGGGU